AUGGAAGAUGAAAAUCAAUCCAAACAGGUCCCUUGGGCUCCUGAAGUGUUUGGCUUCUGUAGUAAUGUCCCCUUGUAUAUAAGCCAGAGCGACAUAUCAGAGAUUACAAACGAGCACUGCAUGCUGAACAUAUCAAUUUUGCAAUUGUGGUUAUUAUUUAUCCAUAAAUUGAGUGUGGAUAAAGGGAAUGAUCACAUUUAUGGAUUUUUGGAACCCGAGUUAAUCCAAAAAAUUGGGAACAAGACAGAAGAAAUUCAAGCUUACAUCCAAAAUUGGAUGUCUGAAUCAAAUAAAAAAGUUUACUUAGUUCCUUACUUUUCUAAUGCUCAUUGGCAACUUCUGAUUAUUUGUCCUAUGGACAAUAUAUCUGUAUGCAUUUGUUCGAUGCACAAACCUCCUCCUGCAGAUUUUAAACAAUUAUUAGAUAAGGCUAUGGAAGGAUACCAUAUGCUUAAAGGUUCAAAGUUGAAGAAAAAAAUGCUUUGGGUCUCUCUUAAAUCUCAUAAGCAAAAAGGAAACUAUGAGGUUUUUCUAACCUCGCUCAAGAGAUCGACACUCACCUGCUAUACUCAAUUGCCAGUGGGAUCGGUCAAUAACUUUGACACUCUGGUGAGACGAUUCACGACGCAGUACGUGACAAGUUGGCCUCAUCGCAUCACAUCACAUCUGCCGCCUUGGCCAGCCUCAGACAGGGCGACGAUGAACCUUUGA